AUGCCGUCAAUAAAUUCGUCUCCUACGUUCUAUAAUAUCGUUUAUGAAACUUUGGCCAUAGUCAAAGAAGUAGCCGAUCAAUGCCAUCAAGACCAGAUCAUCGUAACUUAUGAUCUAGCCAUCGCGAAAAUGGCAAUGCACAUUCAAAGUGUGGAAAAUCCAAAAUUUAAUGGUUUAUUUAUCAAUUUAGGAGGCUUUCAUAUGCAAUUAGCUUUUUUCAAAGCUGUUGGAAAAGCAGUUUCUCCCAAAGUUUGCGAUUUUUUGACCAAUGCAAGCACAAUGGGUCACCAACAGAAGUUGCAAUUUCUGGAAGAAUGUGCAAGUUCGCCUGAUCGCUUUGAAAAACCAAUUAAAAGAAACACAGUUUUGAAUUCUGCUUCAGAUUGCAUUAAAAAAGUUCGGAUGGUAAGCAAGUCUUAAUUCAAAUGGAAAGAAACGUCUUUGGCCGUCUUCUAUCCAUUGCACUGAUAAAAAAAUUGAUAUGGAAAUAUGUUUUUCAUAUCCAUUAGCCCCUGCGCCUCCAGCACUUGUUCAAUGCAAUGGAAAUAUGCACAGAACUCCGAAAGCAGCACUGGGGAAACAUCUUACAGCCAACGUAAAUCUUUCCAUACCUCCUAAAAAUCAUAUUGAAAUCAUGGCUUUUAUUUCCUAAACGUUUUGGAAAAACUUUUGGAAAAAUAACUGAACAUGUAUUGCGAAAGAUUUGUGGUGAAGAUGCAUCGGAAAUACAUUUAGUUUUUGA